CUCUCUCUCUCUCUCUCUCUCUCUCUCUCUCUCUCUCUUCAAGUCCUUGGAGCCAGUAGGGACUCUGCUGUGGAGCUCCAGUAAACGGCAGGCGGAUUUGUCUCUGAAGGGGCGUUGUGCCACUGCCAUGACCCUCCUGUGGCUCUCCGGACUCACCCUGAUCAUCUCAGCCCUCAUCCCUCUUCGGUCCCUGGGUUGCCCCUAUGGAUGUCGCUGCUACAGCCUUACAGUGGAGUGCGGCUCGCUGGGGAUCAAGGAAAUCCCACAGGGUGCUCCCUCCAUCACGGAGACGAUCUUCCUCCAGGACAACGCCAUAGUACAGAUUCGUCUUCAGGAUCUGAAUCGCCUGAGAAGCCUCCAUUAUCUGUACCUCCAGAACAACAGCAUCUCGGCACUGGAACCUGGGGCCUUUCUCAACCAGGUGCAGCUGCUGGAGUUGGCUCUCAAUGGAAACCUCAUCCACCUGGUCACCCCUGACAUGUUCCGGGGCCUGGAGCACCUCCGCAUCCUCUACCUUGCCGGCAACCAGAUCACUCGCAUCCAAGACCACACCUUCAGGGGAUUGCAGCGCCUGCAGGAACUGCACCUGCAGGAGAACAGCAUAGAGUUACUAGCCGAGCACGCUCUGUCCGGCUUAUCGUCUCUAGCUCUGCUGGACCUCAGCAGGAAUCAUCUCCGCACUUUGGGAGCCUCAUUCCUCAAACCCUUAGUCAGCCUGCAAGUCCUCCGUAUCACAGAGAACCCGUGGCGAUGCGAUUGCGCUCUCGGGUGGCUAAGAACGUGGAUUGGCGAAGACGGACAGCGUUUGCUAAGUUCGGCAGAGCAGCGUCGCUUGAUGUGUGCAGAACCCCCUCGUCUUUCCCACCUUAGCCUGGCAGAGGUCGCUCCGAACAGUCUGGUGUGUAUUCCGCCUGUGGUGCAGCUGGAGCCCAACCACCUGACUGUGCGACUCGGCGAGAGCCUCCGAGUGUCCUGCCAGGCCUCUGGAUACCCACAGCCUCAGGUGACGUGGAAAAAAGCUUCCCAUGGCAAGGCCCAGUUAUCACCUCGAGGUCUUUUUCAAGAGCUGGGACCCAACGGGGAGUUGUUCCGGCCAGGGCCGGGCGGAGUGGUGACAGCCCUGCCUAGCACCGGGGGGCUGAAGGUGGGAGGCGCCGAAGGAAUCCAGGGACUCGUGCGAGGGGCCGAGGAGGGCGGCGAAAGAGAUAGCUUUGAUCCGGACAUGGGCAGUGGCAUGCUGUUCCUCAGUAAUGUGACUGUAGCACAUGCCGGGCGCUAUGAAUGUGAGGCCUGGAACCCAGGUGGAGUGGCGAGGGUGACAUUUCACCUGGCUGUCAACAUGUCUUCUUCCUCGUACUCAUCCCAGCUCUGGCCUCGUUUGAACACACACUCCUACAUUUCGUCGUCGUCCAGCUCCUUCUAUCAGCCAGAAGUUCUGGAUGUUAGCCAAGAGCCCCUGUACGAGCAGGACAGCAUGGACUUCAGCGCUCUGGGUCCAGCCACGCAGACCGCCAUCGCCAUUGGGAUCUCCCUGCUGGCUCUCACUGCCGUUCUUCUCCUGAUUAUGAUUUACACUCGUCACCAGCAGUAUCAAAAAGAGGACAAUGGUUCCUACUGCACCAGCAAAGAGGAGAGCAUCCUUUACGUGAAUGACUACUCUGACGGACCAACAACUUUUGCUCAGUUGGAGGAGUACCGCGAUGAUCACGGCCAUGAGAUGUAUGUCCUCAACCGAACCAAGCCCGUCAUGGGCUCCGCUUCAUCCAGGUGUCCUAUGAUGAGCGGCUUUGUCCAGCAGAAGGGAAUGAAAGAAGCUCUCCUGGAACACGAAAUGGUCCAGACACUGACUAGAUCGGGGGGACUGGGGUUUCGCAGAAACCCGACUGAAGGUGGUGAGGGCCCGCUAACGGCAGAUCCAGAAGAACUGCUUCUCAGCCAGAGCCUUCUGUUUGGCUCGCAGGUUGCCUAUGAGAUCCACUGCUGAAACAUCUUCAAUGGGUGAAAGUAAACGUCAAAGGACUUAUAGACAUUACCAAUCAUCUUGUAAGAAAUUAAAAGCAUCAGAUUAUUAUCUGGCCUUCGACAAAGAAGAGACACACAGAUAGUGAUUGCAGAGGGAGAACUGGAUUGCUUCCAGCUUUCCAAAUACCCGCUUCUAAUUGAUUGUGUGACAAAAAGAUGUGUUCGAGGACUGGACAGAGCGAAUUACAGAGAAAAUAACAAUUGACCAAUGGUUUCAGUCUCCAAAUAAACCCUUUAAGGAUAAUUACAAAUGGCCAGAAGUCUAUAUUGCAGUUAAACUAAAUCCCCCUCCCAAACUGUGCAGUGUAUGGUUGUAACAAUUGUCAGUGGUUGGUAAUGAAUAUUUUCUAUCAAUGUUUUUCUUUGUUUUACUUUAGAUGUUUCGUCUCCAGGUAUGUUGAAGUUAAUUUCGUGUGAAGUAGAGCUGUUUUGUGGACCCUGUCACAAAUUUCAUUAGAAUUAGAUCAACAGCAAUAUUUCCCAAGAUGGAGAAUCUGUAGCGGCUGUAAAAUAUUCCAUGAUUACACUGGCGGCAGAGGCAAGCUUAUGUGGGAAACAAAAGUAAAAAGAAACAAACGUCUUGUAAUGAAGCUUUUUAUGACAUUCGAGAUGCAUCAUCUAAUCAUCCAUUAGAUGAUGCACCUAAUGGAUGAUGCAUCAUCAGUGUGUGGCCAGAGGGAAUGCAUAGGGUCCAACAAAUAUUGCAAAAGUCAGAGUUCUCAACGUUUGCAUCACUUCACCGUCGGCUUUUAUCCUUUGAGCAUGUCUUGUGUUUUCUUUAUUUAUGCCAUUAACCCCCAAAACAGGGGUAUGAUCUUGAAUAUUAUUUGGAGGUCUAAAAACACAACAAAACCAAAGACAAUAUUUUAUACAAAAAAAACAAAAAAACAACAAGGAAUAAAAGCCUCUUAAAACAAAACAAUUUAUAGGAACCGUGGGUCAAUUCGCACAUCCAUUUUGGGGCAAACUGAUGACUUCAAGUAGCUUUCCCUGAUCUUCAGUCACAUUUCAGAAGACCAUAAGUCAAGCCGAAGCCUAACCCAAAACCUUAAAAAAUGUGGGAUUACAUUUAGUCACGUCAGCUUAUAGGCCAUGAGUAUUUGUCGAGAUUGCCUAAUUGAUGUUGACUGGUUAAUCAUGGCACAUUCAAAUUAAUUUGUUUUCAGACAGAAACACAGGUCGAAGUAGUGAAAAAAAGGUAUUUGUUUCCUUUAAGAUUUGUUCUGGUUCAGUUUUCUUUUCCCUCCACACAUAAAUGUCUAGCCCGAACCAACCUAGCUCUGCGUGAAAAUUAGUGAUUUAACAGUGAUCAGCCAUGUUUUUCUUUUAUUAACCAUUCACCCUCAGUGGAAGUAGACCAAAAUACCUCAAAGAAAACCCACACAGCUUAGAAUAAAGUCACAGACUUCAAAAUUACUUCAAGAGCGUGCCAGUGGCUCAUCCAGGAGGUCAUGGAAGAACCUGGAACAACGUCUAAAGCUCUGCAGACUUCACUUGAAGUUGUGUUUUCUGAUGUCAUAUUCUGUUAUAGUUCCCCUCUGUGUAAAGGGGAUGUCAUGUAGCCUUGGGUUUUUAGAAAAUACAAAUAAAAAAAAUCACAGAGGAAAGCAUUACUGAUUAAACUUUCACUUCAAUAACAUAAAGCUACAUAAUUUUUCAAGUUUAACCAGUAAUACUUUCAUAACAAACUCUUGGUUAAUGUCAAGUUGUCAUAACAAAGACAUUUUGAAUAAUGUCAACUUUGUGUUAAAAGUGUCUUGAUUUACCCAAUGACACUUUGUGACAACAGUCAUGAAUAUUCAUGCAGACUUACUCAUGUUCAUGACGGCUGUUAUUACAUGUUUAUGACAGUCUUAUUCACAACCCAUCAAAUAAAGUGUUACCAGAAUUAUACUGAACAAACUCAACCACAGAGAAAACAUCUGGAGAAAAUACAAUAAAACACAUUAUGAAUUUUGUCAUGUUGUUCUGCUUCCUGAUUUAAUAUUUUAUUAUUAUCUAUACACAUUGUUUUUAUGCUUACCAUUUUUGUUGUUUUUCGAUGCUUUCAUUGCUUUUGAUGUUGUGAACAUCAAAGCCACUUUGACUAAAAUUGUUUACAAAAAAAACAAAAAACUUACCUGCUAACACCAGACUGUGACAACUAACUGAAUGUGAAUACUGUACAUUAAGUUUCCUAUUUGUAUACAUUAAAAUGUCUCAAAACGA